AUGUUUAUUUAUGUUUAUAUUCUUACUAGCUCAAAUAAUAUUUCUAUAGGCUUAGUUGCCUCACGAGGAUACAGGCGACAGGAUAUAUCUCUCAUUCUAACAUGUGAAACUAUCGAACAGCUCUAUCCAUGGAUAAACAUUCCCUACGGUAUUUUGAAAAUGGAGAGAGAAGAUUGUUACUACAGUCAUUUAUUUGAUCCUUUAAUCGAUAAAGAAACUAAACAUAGCUGCAAGCCGAGAGAAUAUAUUGCUGGAAUCACUAGGCUCACCAAUACGAGGAUACAAAUCUUAUGUUGCCGUUUACGAACCAGAAAUGAAGGCAUUUGUUCUGAGCAAAAAUUCGCUAAACCAUUCGGAUUGACUGGUCGAACUGAAAUUUUUUAUCGUAGCAAACUGAUUAAUUCGAUUGCUGUGGAAGGUCAAUACUAUCGAGCGCGAUUUUGCGAUCUAGUGCCAAGAUUCAUAGAUCAAAUUUACGGAGAUGAACGUGCAAUUACGAUGCCAACAAAAGAUCUUACAGCGUCAACUGCAAGUACCACAGCCUCGUACAUGCAAUCAAAAUAUAAGUCUGACAUAUACAAUACCAAACUUGCAUUAACUGAAAAAUGGACUCCAAGACCAAAAACUACCAUAAGUAAUAAAAAAAAAAAUUGGUUUGAAAAAAUGAAAAAAGGCCUGGAAACAACGGCGUGUAAAUCAUGGAAGCGCACAACAAACACUGCUACAUCAGCCCCAACUCGAACUUUAAUUACUACUCAAAUGCCUUAUAGAAUUUCUCACCAGGGACAAACUUCAAACAAAAUUUCUACGACGUCAAGAGUAACUUCCAUGAGCAGCAAGAGGACAAUAUAUCCAGAAGAAAUAUCUGGCUUAUCACAAUCCGGAUCAGUUUAUCAAAAAAUUAAUGUUAAGAAACAGUGGAAAAAUCCUUUGCUUCACAGUUCAGAUCAAACGCAUUUGAAUUCCCCACCACUUGCUCAUUUGCCUUCAAAUAAAAUCGACGCUCAUGCAUUCAUCAAGGAAAAUUUCGAUAUUUUCAACCAUUCAACUGAAGGUUUCAUCGUUGAAAGCUUGCACGCUUAA